GCCGGCGCCGGCCGCAGCGCCGAGUACCUGGUCGUCUACACAGGCGCGGGGAUCAGCACGGCAGCCUCUAUUCCUGACUACCGGGGCCCUAACGGAGUGUGGACGCUGCUCCAGAAGGGGAGAAGCGUGAGCACUGCUGACCUGAGUGAGGCGGAGCCGACCCUCACCCACAUGAGCAUCGCCCGCCUGCACGAGCAGAAGCUGGUGCAGCACGUGGUGUCACAGAACUGCGACGGGCUGCACGUGAGGAGCGGGCUGCCGCGCUCGGCCAUCUCGGAGCUCCACGGGAACAUGUACAUCGAAGUCUGCACUGCCUGCGUCCCCAACAGGGAGUACGUGCGGGUGUUUGAUGUGACGGAGCGCACCGCCCUGCACCGACACCAGACGGGCAGGACCUGCCACCGGUGCGGGAGCCAGCUCCGAGACACCAUCGUGCACUUCGGGGAGAGGGGGACACUGGCGCAGCCCCUGAACUGGGAGGCAGCGACCGAGGCGGCCAGCAGGGCAGACACGAUCCUGUGCCUAGGCUCCAGCUUGAAGGUUCUGAAGAAGUACCCGCGCCUCUGGUGCAUGACCAAGCCCCCCAGUCGGCGGCCCAAGCUCUACAUCGUGAACCUGCAGUGGACCCCGAAGGAUGACUGGGCCACCCUGAAGCUCCAUGGGAGGUGUGACGACGUCAUGCGACUGCUCAUGGCAGAGCUGGGCCUGGAGGUCCCCCUGUACGACAGGUGGCAGGACCCCAUCUUCACCCUGGCCACCCCCCUGCGAGCAGGUGAGGAAGGCAGCCACAGUCGGAAGCCACUGUGCAGAAGCCGAGAAGAGGCCCCUCCUGGGGACCAGGGUGCCCCACCCAGCUCGGCCCCCACUCUUGGGGGCUGGUUCGGGCGGGGCUGUGCGAAACGCCGGAGGAGGAGGAGAGUGACGUAGCCUGGGCUCUGAGAGGAGCAGCUGGCACUCUGCAGGUGGUGGGACUCGUUCAGGGGCUGGGCUGACGGCGACCUACCUGGGGCUGGAAGAACUUGCACUGCUGUGGCUGUCGCCAGGAUGGGCUUGAUGGACAAGGACACCUCCCACGUGUUGGCCUCAACCUGAAGAGGUGGCAGUGUGGCCUCUCUGUGAGAGCAGAACUCAGGUCGUUUCAGGCCUGGCCGGCGGAGAGGACGACUGCUGCUGCCUUACCUCCUCCUCCAGGCUGGUCUCAGGGCCUCCUAUUUCUCCCACUUCUUAUUAAACCCUAACUUUAUAGAAACCUUUUCUUUCUUGGGUGUGGACGCCAGGGUGACUCUGAGCAGACCUUUUUACUCUUAUUAAACGUCUCGCACUGGC